CGUGUGACUGUGACUCUGUGUUUUCAGCGUGUGACUGUGACUCUCGGGGAAUCUCCGGCGAGCAGUGCCAUCGUGCGACAGGUCAGUGCACCUGUGUGGAGGGCGUGUCCGGCCCGCGGUGCGACCAGUGUGCCAGAGGUUACCAGGGCGAGUUCCCCUCCUGUGAGCCGUGCCACCAGUGCUUCGCCGUGUGGGACACCGUGGUGGGCGAGCUGUCCAAUCAGACUCGCCGUCUGGAGGCGCAGGUGACUCAGCUGCAGAUCAGCGGGGUGACGGCGCCGUACAAAGACUUAGUCAGCAGCCUGGAGAGGAACGCCAAAGCCGUCAGAGACAUUGUGGAGAGCAACCCUGCAGCGGUGAAGCUGGAGCAGAUUCAGGAGCUCAUGCAUCAAAUCACGGGUGUGAUGUCUUAUCUUAACGGAAAGCUGAACACGACCGAGGAGACGUUGAACCUUCUCCACAGUGACGCCAACGCCACCGACGCAAACUUAGACGCGCUGACGGAGGAGGCCGGCCGGCUGGAGCUGAGCGUCCAGGAGCUGAGGCAGCAGGUGUACGACGCCAAGAACGCCAACAUCCAGGGUGCCAUGGACACCAUUGCAACGGCACACAUGCAGUCUACGAUGGCGGAGCUGCGCGCCAACGUUUCCACCAGCAAUCCCGGAAGCACGGUGGAGAGCUCAGCCGCAGUACGGAAAGCCACGGAGGACAAACUGAGCAGGACGGAGAAAGAGUUUGAACGCAAGCACCAAAGAAACUCUCAGAAACUGGAGAAACUUUCCUCGGAGCUGGAGAAACACGACCUGACGCCGCUCAGCGAGAAGACGUGCGGCGGUGCAGCUGAAGGCGACGGCUGCUCCGGCUCCCGCUGCGGAGGUUUGGGUUGUGUCGGCGAGGACGGAGCGCCUCGCUGCGGCGGAGACGUGUGCAAAGGCGUCCUCACGACGUCCAGAGCUGCUCUCAAGGCAGCCAAAGACCUGGACCAGGAGAUCCUGGAGGCCAUGCAGGAAGUGGACAAACUCUCCAGGAUGGUGA